GCGCGUCCCGUACACCUGGACAAAAGCACUUGACCUUGGAAACGGACCGGGUGGCUCGAAAAAUUAUCUUUUCUAAAACCGUAGGGCCUUUUAGCCAAUUAGCCGGGAAGCUAUCGCGGAGGGGUGCGGCAGAGGAAAGGCACCCAUGAGGCUCAAAGACCCAUUCUCCUUAAAACCCGCUGACAUGACGAAGCGGACCAGCCGGCCGAAAAAAACUCGCGAUGAGGAGUCCUCGGACGAGAUCAGCGGACUGACAUGUCAGCAUGUCAGCAAGGCGGUGGACCUGAGUUCAGUGAAGAAGGCGGUUGCACAGAACUUGUGGUCAGUGUGUACAGACUGCCUGAGAGAGAGGACCGUGAUCGAGGGCGAGCCCGCUGGGGAUGUCCUCCUGUGUCUCAGGUGUGGCUUCCAGGGCUGCAACCAGUUAGAAGUUCAGCACUCGGCCCGGCACCAGGUGGCGCUGCGUUCAGAAUGUCACUGCAUCUCCGUCAGCCUCAGCACGUGGAAGGCGUGGUGUUUAGAGUGUAACGAGGAGCUGUCCACACACUGCAACAAGAAGGUCCUGGCCCAAACACUGGACUUCCUGCAGAAGCACUCAGUGAAGGCAGCCUCAGCAGGGGCCCUGUCCAAAGUAAUCAAAUUGCGAGAGGAGCCCUUGGAGACCACAGAAUCCCUGCGAGGGAAGGUGGCCAGCAGUAGCAGCAGCCUCAUCCCCGUCAAGGGCAUCAGCAACCUGGGAAACACCUGCUUCUUCAACGCAGUCAUGCAGAACCUGUCCCAGACGCACCUCCUCAACGAGCUGAUCCUGGAGGUCAAGGAGAAAGGACACCGGCUGAAGAUCUGCCCGCUUCCGGACGCAAACCUGGCCCCCCUGGUGGUUACCCUGCCCAGCCCGGAGCCCCUCACCUCCGCCCUGCUGCAGUUCCUCCAUAGCAUGAAGGAGCCGGGAAGAGGCCCAGUCUCCCCCAAAGGCCUCUUCAACCAGCUCUGCCAGAAGGCUCCACGCUUUAAGGGAUACCAGCAGCAGGACAGUCAGGAGCUGCUUCACUACCUGCUGGACUCCAUCAGGAUGGAGGAGACUAAGCGCAUCAAAGCCAGCAUCCUGAAAGCAUUUAACAACCCCACGGAAAAGACUGCAGACGAGGAGACCAAGAGGCAAGUGAAAGCCUACGGGAAAGAGGGGGUGAAGAUGAACUUUGUGGACCGGAUCUUCGUCGGCGAAUUAACCAACACCAUCAUGUGUGAAGAGUGUCAGCAUAUAUCCACCGUGAAGGAGGCCUUCAUAGACAUCUCUCUUCCCAUUAUCGAGGAAAGGAGCUCCAAACCCACCAAUCCAGCGAGGAGCGGUAAAGGCAGCCGGGAACUGGAAGUGCUGCUCCCCCGCGGUGAUGAGACCCCAUCCCCCAUGCCACCCCAGGUCCGGAAUGGCAAGAGGCUGGGCUCGCAGCAGGGCGGUAAGAGUCUGGGUGUCCUGGGGGAGAGAGGCACCGACAGAAGCCUUGGCCGCCAGGAGGACCUGGGCGGUAUGGCCAGGGGGGGCGGCUCGGGGGCCAGCGACAGGGACACGGGGCUGGAGGAUAGCAGUAAUGACGCGGACAGCGAGGCCUCUGAAAGUGAGUCUUCCUCGCGACUCCCGGGGGGCACCGUUGCUAGCCCAGCCUCCCUGAAGGUGCAGCAAGGGGGUGCCGUCCAGCAGCUCGUCAGCGCCGUUUCCAGACUGGGCCUGGGCCCUGCCUGCGGUGAGGCACCGGCCUCACAUCUCCGCGGGGAGGAGCAGCAGCAGCCAGAGGGCGUGCGGGAGCGCCACCAGGGGGCGUUUCAGGCGCUGUCUCACAGCUACACGCCGUACUCCAAGGAGUGCUCCAUACAGUCCUGCUUGCACCAGUUCACCUCCGUCGAGCUUCUCAUGGGUAACAACAGACUACUGUGUGAGAACUGCACGGAAAUGAGAUGGCGGCAGCUACGGCGGAGCCCUACAGGGGACAAAAAGACUGAGAAGGUGUACACCAGUGCCCGGAAGCAGAUGCUGAUCUCCAUGCUGCCCCCAGUGGUCACUCUGCAUCUCAAACGGUUCCAUCAGGCUGGAGUAAGUCUGCGCAAGGUCAAUCGGCAUGUCGAUUUUCCCCUCGUUCUGGACCUGGCCCCGUUCUGCUCUGCAUCCUGCAAGAACAUGGGGGCAGGCGAGCGCGUGCUAUACAGCCUGUAUGGGAUUGUGGAGCACAGCGGGUCAAUGCGGGGGGGCCACUACGCCGCGUACGUGAAGAUCCGCUCACCUCAGCGCCGGGUCAGCCUGUCAGGUCCCAGGGAAGGCGGGGGUCCGUCGUCCGGCCAGUGGGUGUAUGUGAGCGACACCAGUGUCCAGGUGGUGGCUGAGUCGAGAGUCCUCGGCUCUCAGGCCUACCUGCUCUUUUACGAGGAGCUGCUGUAAGCUGCUCAAGCGCCUGUCCACCCCAGAAAGAGACUCCUACAGGAUCGUGCAGGCCCUGCCUCCAGAAGAGCGCCCUGCACUGGCCAGUUACUCCUUUAAAAAAAAAAACAAACAGGAGCGAUGGAUCUCAGCUGUGAGGGACACGUUUGACCUGUGCAAUGCAUGCUGGGAUCUCUCCUUCAGGGCUUAUGUGAUUCAGAAGGCACCUUUAAGUAAAGCCUGUCUUUAUGCUGACUGGCGGCCGUGAUGGGGAUUAAAGGUGCCCCUCUCUGUCUCUGUGGUGCACAGAGAGCCCUGCCUGUAGUUUACAGAAUGAGGUGCUGCUGUGAAAAUAAUAUUGUGGUUAUUUUGGAAGAAUGUAUGCAUGUGUGUCAUUCGUUUUCUGUGCCUAGUGUGCGUGCUUCCAGAUGGCACCACAGCGCUGGUAUCUAACCGGCUUCAGGACUCUGCUGGUCCUCACAGGGUUCUGUUGUCUCCUGUUGGAUCUCGCCAUCCAUGUUCCUCCUGUUACACCACUCAGGGGCACUGACCAACAGACACAUUGCAAGCUUGCUGAGCAGUUUGGUCAUUAAUUUAUCAAUUUAUUCAAAGUCUAGAUGGUUCUGAUUUUUUUACAUUAAAUCACCAAUAUCUGAUGCAAAAAAAAAAUAAUUAUCUACAGAUUACUUUAUUUUGGAAAGGAAUGUAUCUGGUAACUGUAUCAUCUUUGAGUGUUCAGAGCUGUCUUCUCCCUGCUGUGUUAUUAUAUAUAAUUUGAGAAAAA